CUACCUUGUUUCCAUGUGUGACCUCACAGACUAUCGGGUUCCACAGUAUCCUGGAGCUCAAGGCUGCUAAGUCUGAAGGAUUUCAAGAGAUAUACAGACUAUGGCAAAGAGGACAGGAGUGGAGACCCUCUUCUUUGUUCUCUUCCUGGACUGUUGGCAAGGCUCAAAUACUGAAUUUUCAUCAAGUUCAAAAAAUUUGGAUGAAGGUUUGGCUAAACUAUUUGAUGAAAUUCAACUGCAAGUGUUUUCCAAAGUUCCAUUUGAUGAUACAAGAACAGCAGGUUAUCCUCAAAAAGAGAGCUUGAAAAAUACUGAAUUUGUAUCAAGUUCAAAUCAAGAAGAGCAUUUGGCUAAACUAUUUGUUGAACGGUUGCAUUGCCCAGAGGAAUGCUUGAAGAGACUGGUAAAUUUUGAUGAAAUUCUACAGCAAGUGUUUUCCAGUGUUCCAUAUGAGGAAACAAGAACAGCAGGCAAAUCAGUUACAGAGAGAGACAAGAGAGAAGGAGCCAGUGUUGCUGGGUAUUCUACUGAACCAAGAUUUCUCCUUGGCAGCAUGGAUAGAGUGUCCACUAAAGGUCACGUUUCAGAGAAGAGGAAUAGAAAGUCCUUUCUAUUCAGCAGGGAUAUAAAUGAGCAAUUUAGUACUGAAGAUAAUGAAACACUUCGAGAAGCAGUGAGGACAGAUACACAAAAUAAGGAUGUACCAUGUGUGCAGCUUCUGGACUUCCUCCAGAGGAACAUCAUCAUUGCUGCUGCCUUGGUGGCGGGAAUCCUCGUGGUCACAGUGUUGUUGUUACUGGUGUUGACUGCAUACAUCAGUAGGAAAAAGCCAUUAUAUCCUCCAGCAAACAUGACAUAUAAUAUUUUUAUACUGAAUGGGAAGACUUGGUGGCAAAAGUAUCAAGAAAAGAACCCCAGAAAACAAAAGGGAAAACAGAAACAGUUGAAGUCCAAGUCCUGCGUCUAAGCCAAGUGGUGGGGCCACCAAACCAGGACUUAACGCUGCAAUGCCAGGCAGUUCUCAAUCCCAACACCAUGGAGAGGCAUUUGGAUUUCUGGCUGUGAGAUGUGCUCUGCAAAAUGUUUACCUUCUCAUCUCAAUUUCGAACGGACCAAGAAACAAAUGUUCACCACAGGAUGCUCACAGGGUGGUAUGGCACUAAUGGCUAGUGUGGGAGACUUAGCACAUUUGCCCAAAGACAAACCCUUUCAAGCUAUGGAUGUAUUUAUUUAUUAAAGCAAUGAUUCUCGGAUUCAGCCA